AUGGCUGGGGAAUUGCUAUUAAAACCGGGCAAGCAGUCAAAGUAUUUUUCGUAUAGAAAAAUCUUGUUUCAUAGGUUUUUCGUUGGCCUACUCUUGUUUGUAGUGGUGUUCUUAGUGUUUAUUGUGGUGUUUAAUGCUUAUAGUGUUAGUCCGCCGCGGACAGACUUCCACGAACCGGUGAAUUUAGAAAAAAGUGGUGUGCAAGUGGUAGAAAUAAAAAGAGAUGCUCCGUUAUCGGAGUCCCGUGUGUCGAACUGUUCCUAUUGGGACUGUUUCAACGUGUAUAGAUGUGGGAGAGGUGGACACGAUAAGAUAACGAUUUAUAUUUAUCCUCUAAAGGAGUAUCUGACUGAAGAUGGUCAUCCUAUAUCACAAUUGUCGAGGGAGUUUUAUAUAGUUCUAGACACAAUAAAGCGUAGUAGAUAUUAUACGCCGGAGGCUGAGGAGGCGUGCUUGUUGAUCCCAAGUAUAGAUACAUUGAACCAACAUCAGUUCGCAAGUAAACAUUUGUCUCAAGUACUUCAAUCUCUUGAACAUUGGAACAAUGGAGAAAAUCAUCUCAUAUUCAACAUGCUGCCUGGUUUUACAUCAAACUACAAUACAGCCCUUGAUCUCAACACGGGGAAGGCCAUAAUUGCUGGAGCUGGCUUCGACACAUGGACCUUUCGCCACGGAUUUGACAUAUCAAUACCAGUACACAGCCCUAUUGCUGAGAAAAUUGAUAACUCACAACCUGCACAGAAAAACUAUCUUAUAAUUUCUGCGCAAUUGAACAUACCACAUGACUACUUAGCCGAAUUACAAAGUAUCGCAUCGUCAUCGAUCGAUCUUUUACUUUUAGAACAAUGUAAGACUGAAAACGGUAAGACAGAUCAUUUAAAAAGAAGCGAAUACACAACCGGUAGAGUAUUUGAGUAUCCAGAGAUUUUAAAAGAAGGAUUGUUCUGUUUAGUUGUACGUAGUAAGAGGCUGACUCAGGCCAUAUUGAUGGAAAUAAUUGCUUCACAAUGUAUUCCUAUUAUUAUUGCCGAUUCUAUAGUAAUGCCUUUUAACUCGCAUCUGGAUUGGCAUCGCAUUGCAUUAUUUGUACCUGAGAAUAAUAUAAAGAAUCUAGUGAAAAUUGUACAUUCGGUUAGUAAAGAACGUCGUGGCGAAUUGUAUUGGCAGUUGAGAUGGGUGUAUGAACAAUAUUUUGCAAGUGUUGAGAAGAUUACAUUGACUACGUUGGAGAUAAUGAAUGAAAAAGUGUUCCCGCUAGCUGCUAGGAUGUAUGAAGAAUGGAAUACACCUGAACAUUUGUAUGGGCCCGUGAAUCCGCUAUUCCUGCCAGUAACAGCACCGAAAGCACCCGGCUUCACUGCAGUCGUGCUCACGUACGACCGCGUGGACAGCCUUUUCGCGUUGGUGCGCAAGCUCGUUCGCACGCCUAGUCUCGCCAAGAUCCUCGUUGUGUGGAAUAAUCAGAGGAAAGCACCACCGCCUUCAUCCGAGUGGCCAGUGAUAAAUAAGCCUUUAAAAGUGAUAAGAACCAAAGAAAACAAGCUGUCGAACAGAUUCUUCCCGUACGACGAGAUCGAGACUGAGUGUCAGCUCACUAUUGACGACGACAUAGCUAUGCUGACGCCUGACGAACUUGAAUUUGGGUAA